AUGGACUCAUUAGACGAUCCAAUCAAUAACUGCCGAUACUGCAGCCAUAUUGUGAGUAUUCGGGGAGGACUACAGCUCAGCUUUAUGCUGGUCGAGCCCGUCAUAUAUUUGCAAGGCGACAUCAAAUCGGAUCGCCACACCAAGAACCAGCCGGCAAUUUGUCGGGGUUACCUCCAUCUAAAAGUCACUAAACCGACUAAAAUCAAGAGCAUAUUCGCCUGCUUUCAUGGUGUUGGGACAUUUAAGCCGUUGGGGGAGAGCUCGAACAGACAGGAUCUGAUCACGUCUGCUAUUACCUACUUCGAGGCCGGGCAUGCGACAUUUUCGGGCGGCUGUUACAACCUGUGCGGCGAAUCUAUAGAGGCUACAGAAACUGGACGAAUUAGCGAAGACAGCGCCCCAGCGUCGUGCUCUCAGCAGCUUUCUCCUCCGGAGUAUGAUUCGGACGGCUUAGAUCGGUCUGAUUUUCCGGGUGCUGGUAGCAGAAAUCCCCGGCAUACCAACAAGAGUCGUUCGAAAGGCGAUUAUACGGUAUUUCCUGUUAGCGAUUAUACCUACCCCUUCGAAUUUCUCUUGCACGACUCUCUCCCUGAAACUAUCAGCACUGAGCUCAUAUCUGUUCGUUACUACCUGGAAGCGAAAGUAGAACUCCCUGGUAUAUUCCGUUCACAAAUGCGAUCACAACUGGAUGUUCCGGUCCUUCGUUUGCCUUCACAGAACUCGCUGGAACUAACCGAGCCAUUACUUGUCUCUAAAGACUGGUGUGAGCAGCUCCAUUAUGAUGCUUGCAUUCUCGGCAGAAGCUUCCGCCUUGGCUCCCAGAUACCAAUAAGGUUGAAGCUCACUCCUUCCAUCAACCUUAGAUGUUGCUGGCUCAGGGUCUAUGUGUCUCAGCACAUGCAGUACUGGAAAACUGGACGGGAAACUCGCUUAUUACAGUUGGGCCAAAGAAAGGAGCUUCUAUUCGAAAAGCAGGCUGGAAAUGACUACAGAAGCACUUUUCCUGGCAGCAAAAUUCGGAUCGCUUCAAACCGGGAUAUAAGACAACCGACGGAUACGCAAACUCAGAGUCUGCUCGGGGCAGCACAGGAAACACGGGAAAUUGAAUUGGAGGUGCAAUUGCCCAGAUGCCCUGAAUUGAAAGAAAGACCGCAGUGGCAACGACUUCAUACAAGCACCAAAGCAGGUAAACCGAAUGUUAACCACUGGAUCCAGGUAAGGGGCUGCGAAAUCUACUUAACUUUCCUCUGCCCUGGAGACCGAGCAAUCUAUAUGACAUUGCUAACCCUCGUACAGAUCGUGUUGUGUCUUUCCAAGGAAGAUAGGGAUGAUAUAUUAGCAAAAAAGCAGAAUGCUCUCCGGUUACUGACCAUCGAAGCGCCUAUCACUCUUCUAUCUUGCAAGGCCACCCCGUCCAACAUCUACGUUCCGCCAUAUGCAGUUGAACGCAAGAUAAAAGGAAUUUUAUUGCGAAAUUCGGAAUGCGAUUGCGCUGGCAGUGACUUUACACCAAUGCAUAAAGCCGAAGUUCAGGAACCGUCGUUUACUCAGCCAUUUUUGCUGGAUGAUUUAACAAGGUCCCUCAGCUUUGAGAGCAGCUCCACUGACAUUAAGCCACCACCUCAAGCCCAUAUAACUAGAUGUAGCAUUCCAGAAAUUCCUCGAUGA